GCGAGUUCGUCUUUCGUGAACAAACUCUGAGAAAUAUGGAGGAAACUGUGAUGGAAUCGGACUGUGUGGAAAUGUCCGGACCGGAACCGCAACAGGGGGUCGCUGAGGCUUGGGAAACCGUCACAACAGCUCUGGUGUCUCCCGGCUGUUCGGGCUCCGAUCAGAGCCUCUCCGACUCUCUGGCCCUGCUGUGCAGUCAGGGUUUGGGUCGGCUGCUGGGCGCCUGGCUGCUGGAGACUCUGCAGACCCGUCUGUCCUAUUCAGUGGUUCCUGAGUUCUGGUCUGGACUGAAGCAGCCGGAGAAUGAGCUGGAGGAGAAGGACCGGGCCUUGAUUCUGCUCACUGCCUUCAGGACUCUGCUGGACCGUCUGGAACCUUUCCUUGGUGGUUUGGAGAAGCUGGGGACAUGGCAGGAUGAGGGCCGUGGGGGUCUCAGUGGUCCGGGGCCCCGGGGCCUCCAGGACCGGGCCUUCACCACCAUCAGGGCCCUCCUGCUCUUCUCUCCUUCCCCGGUCCUCCAGGAGCGAGUGCUGGAGUUUUACAGCAGGACCUUCACCGUCUACAUGAAGCAGGAGGGCGGAGACGAGGACGGAGCCGAGGCCCCCGAGGGCCAAGAAGGAGGGUCCUGCCCGGGAUGUGGAGUCCAGACGUCCCAGUGCUGGUGUCAGGAGGCUCUGGAACUACUGCAAGAGCUCAGCCACACACUGUCCAGACUGCAGCUGCUGGAGUGGGUGAGCUCCGAGGCCGUCACCUCCAUCCUCCACAAGCUCAUCGAGCAGCGAAUGGAGCAGCACUGCCGGGGCGAGUACGAGCGCUCCUUCCUGCUCGAGUUCCAGGAGUGGCUGGAGCUGGUGCUCGGCUGGCUGAGAAAAGUGUUUGCCAGCGAAGCAGAAGGAGACGGUCUGGUUCCAGCUGGUCCUGGUGGUCCUGGUGGUCCUGCUGGUCCAGCUGGUCCCGCUGGUCCCGGUGUCCAGACCGGCCCGGCUGCCAGCUCGGUGUUGAAGCAGUGGAGGUGUCACAUGCACCAGUUCUUCUGCAGGAUCUAUGUCAACAUGAGGAUCGAAGAGCUGUUCAGCAUCAUCAGAGACUUCCCAGAAUCCAAAGCUGCGAUUGAGGAUCUGAAGUUCUGUCUGGAGAGAACCAACCAGAGGCAGCAGCUCCUCACUUCGCUCAAAUCUGCUUUUGAAAGCCGACUGUUGCAUCCAGGCGUUCACACCUCAGACAUCCUCACUGUAUACAUCUCUGCCAUCAAAGCUCUCAGAGAGCUCGACCCAUCCAUGGUCAUCCUGCAGGUCGCCUGUCAGCCCAUCCGCAAAUACCUCAGGACUCGUGAGGACACGGUGAGGCAGAUCGUUGCUGGUCUGACUGGAGACGUUGAAGGCUGCACUGAUCUGGCAUCAGAACUGUCCAGAGGAGACCCGGUGACUCUGGAGAUGCAGGACAGCGAUGAGGAAGGCAACGACCCCGAGGACUGGACUCCGGACCCGACCGACGCCGUACCCGAUAAAAUGGGCUCGAAGCGUCGCUCGUCGGACAUCAUCAGCCUGCUGGUCAGCAUCUACGGCAGCAAGGACAUCUUCAUAGACGAAUACCGAGCCGUGCUGGCCGACCGGCUGCUGCACCAACUCAACUACAACACCGCCAGGGAGAUUCGUAACGUCGAGCUGCUGAAGCUGCGGUUCGGAGAGUCUCACAUGCAUUACUGCGAGGUCAUGCUGAAGGACAUGGCCGACUCUCGCAGGAUCAACAGCAACAUCCGUGAGGAGGAGUCGAGGCUGAGCGAGGAGGAUCAGCCGCCGCUGUCUCUGUCGUCCAUCAUCCUGUCCUCGGAGUUCUGGCCGCCGCUGAAGGAGGAGAAGCUGGAGCUGCCGCCGGUGGUCUGCCAGGCUAUGGAGGCCUACACCCACCGCUACGAGAAGCUCAAGGCCAUGAGGACUCUGAGCUGGAAGCCUCAUCUGGGCUCCGUGACUCUGGACGUGGAGCUGGAGGACCGAACGUUGACCCACCUCACCGUGUCGCCCAUCCACGCCGCCAUCAUCCUGCACUUCCAGGACAAAAGCUGCUGGACUCUGGAGGAGCUCAGCCUGAAGCUCGGAGCGCCGAAGGAGCUCCUCCACAGGAAGCUGGCUCUGUGGCAGCAGCACGGCGUCCUGCGGGAGGAGGCCGGCGGUCGCUACUACGUGGUGGAGACGGGGUCCAACAAGGAGAAGCUGGAGAGAGGAGUGAUGCUGAUCGACAGCGACGAGGAGAGAGACUCCAACACCACCACUCAGUCGGAGCAGAGGGAGGAGAAGCUGCAGCUGUUCUGGGCCUACAUCCAGGCGAUGCUCACCAACCUGGACAGCAUGACUCUGGACCGGAUCCACUCCAUGCUGCGGAUGUUCGUCGCCACGGGACCCGUCGUCACGGAGAUGGACGUCAACGAGCUGGAGGCCUUCCUGCAGAAGAAGGUCCGCGAGCAUCAGCUGAUGGUGUCGGCCGGCGUUUACCGGCUGCCCAAGUCCACCUGAAGGGGCCGCGCUGCGUUCAAGAACACUGGGAAACAUGAACAACUGACUCUGACUGUGAAUUGAUUUUCUACAGGUUUGUUUUUCAGGACUGUGUUGAAGCUGCAAAUGAAGAUGUUAAAAACUGACUUAUUAUAAAUAUAAAAGCUUCUUGAUUUCUCUUGUGUGUGUUUCUGUGAAUUUCUUCAACCAGAGACAUAACAUUUUUACACAAAACCUCACAUUUUCUAGUCGCUUCAGUAAAAAACAGAUUUAAUCUGCAACAUUGCUGCGUUCUUUCAGUUUAAAAAUCCUCUUUUCCUUCCAAAACGUCACAUCUGCUCCUUAUUUGUACUGGAUUUGAUUUGUUCCUGCUGAUGGGCUUUAAAGGUGUCUUAUAAUUCCAGAAAUUACACCAUUUAUCAGCAGGAAGGAAUCUUAGGGUUUUGAAAUUUCCAACAGUCCUUAAACUACUCACCUGUGCCACUUGGUCUGGAAUUUUUUUUUACCAAAUUUAACAAUAAAAUCUUGAUAAUAACAAAAUAAAAGUCUCUAAAACAACAUUUUAACAACCACAACAGUGAGCUGCAUCAGGAGUAAAAUAAAGACUAAAUCAGGUUCAGGGAGGAUUUUUCUACACUAAAGUCUGACACUAAAUCAUAUUUUUGAUGCUAGUUUAACAGAAUAAUCUGCAUUUUCCUCCAUCGCUUUUACUUUGAUAUUUUUGACAUGAUUCAGUGUAAACUGCAGGAAAAAUUAGCAUCUUUAAAAUUGUUUUAUGUGUAUUUUUCACUCUGAAUCCACAUUUAGCAGCUUUUUCCAUUUUUACAAUAAAUUCUGCUGAUUAGAAAUUCACUUUGUUUCAGAAUAAAAGUCAAAUUUAAGGGAGAAAAGUUGGUUUUAAUUGAAUUAACAGAAGCAGCUUUUACUUUAUUCUUUAUUUGACAUUAAUUAUCACUGACAAUCACCGGCUUUAUUGCUUUAUUCAGAUUGAGUCGACAUUAAAACACAUUAAAACACUUUGGACAGUUUAAACUCCUGUUAGUAACUUUAGUUCCCUUUCAGAGUUAAAUAUGAGUUCUGGAUUAAGACAAACACAAGCAGAAAAGAGCAAAGUCAAAGGAACAUUCGGGUGUUUUUGCACUAAAAUCACAAACAUCUCGGGUCAGUUCAGUCAUUGAAGGGGAUUUGAGGCUUUUCAUGCUUUUAUUUUGUAGGAGCAGUGGAAGGAAGUUGAAGAGCAAAGCUUCAUUUGCAGGUUUUCCCAAGUUGAGCGAUUUUAAACGGAUUUUAACAAAUAAAAUGUAACAAAAAUUGCCUUUAUUUCAUUAUUAUCAGGCAGCUAAAGUGUCAGAACUCGUAUCUGAUGCCUGAAAAGAGGAAAACUCAUUUUUCUGACAAAAGUCAUCAAAAUUUUAAAAAGAAAUCUGGGGAGCAAGAAAUGCAAAACCUGAAAUAACUAAGAAAAUCCAACAGAAUUUUUCUGAAUCAUUGGUACAUUUUUAAGAUGUUUUUGAAAGAAAAACUCUACAGAAGCCUCUAAAGGUCACAUUUUACUGGAUUACUUCUGAUAAAUAUCAACAUUUAAGUAAAGCUGAUGAGUAAAACUGCAGCGAAUAAUUGUAAUUAGUUGUCAGCUAUUAAAUUAAUCCUCAAUUAUUAAUCAGUCUAAGCUAUUUUUAAAUAAAAACUGUCAAAAUUCUGUGAUUUUAGCUUCUUAAAUGGGAGAAUUUUCUGGUUUGUUUCCUCCUUAAUGACAGUAAAAUACUGAAUAUUUUUGGGAUUCUUUGUAUUUGAGAAACACUAAUGAACAAUUUUCAACAUUUUCUGACAUUUUAGAGACCAAACAACUAAAUUUAUAUAAUAAAUAAUGAAUUCUACCUCAAUACACAACCAGAGCUGCUUUAAAUGACUUGAAUGUGUUUGUGAAUUUGCCUUCAAAAUUUGUUUUUUCUUCAUGUAAAUGGAGAUUUUUUUUUUUUUUU